AUGAACUCAAUACCAAAAUGCAGGAACCCUGCAUCCAGGAUAUCAUUAUAUACAACAAUACGAGCCCUAUCCUCCUCGAAUCCAAAUUCAAAGCGCGAGCUCAAAGACCUCACCACAACCGACCUCUGCUACUACUGGGAUACAAGGCCCCCCAAAGAGGAACAACUAGCCUUCGCCGAUAAAGUCUUUACACCGUCGCGUCACUCACCGCUGAAACUCUGGUCCGCGGCCAAAUUCCGCACAACACCAUUCGCAUCAGUCGAGCCCGAAGUCGCAUUCCUGGGCCGCUCUAAUGUCGGCAAGAGCUCACUACUCAACGCAAUAAUGGGACAGGAGAUCUGCUGGACAUCGUCUAAACCGGGCCGGACGAGGGAAAUGAACGCGUUCGGGAUUGGAGGUACGAAGGGCGGCGAGUCGAAGGUUGUCUUGCUUGAUAUGCCGGGAUACGGAAAGGCGAGUCGGUCUGAGUGGGGAGCGGAGAUUAUGAAGUAUCUCCAGGGACGGAAACAACUCCGUCGCGCAUACCUUCUCAUCGACAGUACGCACGGAAUCAAGCAAACAGACGCUGAAAUUCUCAGAUUAUUCCGACACCACGCAAUCCCGCACCAGAUCAUUCUAUCCAAGGUCGAUAAGUUCCUCGUUAGGAAAAUGAAGCAGAUGAAGACUGGAGUCACGUCUGCCAAUAUCGAGCGACUACAGCUCUUGCUUCGGGGUAUCAAACCUCUUGUGCAGCCGGAUCCGCGGGCUUCGGAGGGGCCUGGGUCUUUAGGUGAGAUUUUGACUUGUAGUGCUGAGGCAACGAUUGGUCCUGGCCGGGCGCUAGGGAUCGACGCUGUUCGCUGGUCAAUUUUGUCUGCUGCUGGCAUUGAUGGGAGUUUGCAGGGUGGUCGACUCGCUGUACCGACUCCUGCAGAGACCCCGGCUACUUUGUCGUGA